GAAGGCGAGAGAUCGACUGAGGUGGCUGUGGGAGAGGAGAGCGAAGACAGGACACGAUCGCAUCCCGGGAGGAGCGCGCGGUUGGCAUCCAAAUCCACCAUGAAGAACCGGGACAAAGAGGGUGGUGCUUCGAAGCUGCCAGCCAGCCCUUCCAAAGCAAAAUCCCGAUCGGGGCCUCAGGAAGCCGAUUUAUCCCAGACUUCGAGGCCUGAGAAUGACCAGGAAGAGAGGAACCAGUGUGCAUCUGGGAACCCUGCUCCCAAAGAAGAAGGAAAUGCAGAAGUCCGGGCUGGCCAGGUCCAAGAAAAGAAUGAGGGGGGACAAACCAAGAAUUCUCAGUCUGGCCCUGUUUGUGAUGUAUCUGAGGAGCUGAGCCGGCAGCUGGAAGACAUAUUGAAUACCUACUGUGUGGACAGCAGUCAGGAGGGUCCGGGGGAUGAUGGGGGCCAGAGUGAACACACAGAGCCAGAUGAGGUCGAGAAGAGCCGGAAUUAUUCUGCACGGAAUGGAGAACCAGAACCAGGGACCCCUGAAGUCAAUGGAGUGAAGGAAAUUACCAAGGGAGAGCCAGGUGUCGAAGAGAUCCGGGCAAAUGAUGAGAGUGGGGACCGAGACCAGAAGCGGGUCCAGGAAAAGAAGAAGGCCAAAGGCCUAGGGAAGGAGAUCACUUUGCUGAUGCAGACACUGAACACCCUUAGCACCCCAGAGGAAAAGUUGGCUGCGCUAUGCAAGAAAUAUGCUGAGCUGCUGGAAGAACACCGUAAUUCCCAGAAACAGAUGAAAGUCCUACAGAAGAAACAGAGCCAACUGGUGCAGGAGAAAGACCACCUGCGGAGCGAACAUAGUCGGGCCGUUCUGGCCCGCAGCAAGCUGGAGAGCUUGUGUCGGGAGCUGCAGAGACACAACCGAACCCUGAAGGAAGAAGGUGUCCAGCGAGCAAGAGAGGAGGAGGAAAAGAGGAAGGAGGUGACUUCCCACUUCCAGGUGACCCUAAAUGACAUCCAACUACAGAUGGAGCAGCACAAUGAACGUAACUCAAAGCUUCGCCAGGAGAACAUGGAACUAGCAGAGCGGCUAAAGAAGCUCAUUGAGCAGUAUGAGCUGCGGGAGGAGCACAUUGACAAGGUCUUCAAACACAAGGAUCUGCAGCAACAGUUGGUGGAUGCCAAGCUCCUGCAGGCCCAGGAGAUGCUGAAGGAGGCAGAGGAGAGGCACCAGCGAGAGAAAGAUUUUCUGCUGAAAGAAGCUGUGGAAUCCCAGCGAGUGUGCGAGCUGAUGAAGCAGCAAGAGGCCCACCUGAAGCAGCAGCUCGCGUUGUACACAGAGAAGUUUGAGGAGUUUCAGAACACACUGUCUAAGAGCAGUGAGGUGUUCACAACAUUUAAGCAGGAAAUGGAAAAGAUGACCAAAAAGAUCAAGAAACUGGAGAAAGAGACAACCAUGUACAGAUCCCGAUGGGAGAGCAGCAAUAAAGCAUUGCUUGAGAUGGCUGAGGAGAAAACUCUUCGAGACAAAGAACUAGAUGGCCUGCAGGUAAAGAUCCAGCGGCUUGAGAAGCUUUGCCGGGCCCUACAAAGUGAACGCAAUGACCUGAACAAGAAGGUGCAGGACCUGAGUGCUCAUCCCCCACCUGUCGAGGCAGACACUCCAGAAUCCCCCAAAGGCACAGAGAGGGGCAGCAGUGCAGAGCCUCUGGCUGAGGGCCUGACCCCUGAAGGCCCUGUUAACCAGGUCCCCCAAGCCCUGUGUCACACAGAUGCUGCCUCCCAGGGCCAUGAACUCUGAGCACAGGUAUUCCGGGCCAGAUGGAGACUGAUGCAGCCACCCCUUCUGCUGACUAGAGAGACCUUGGUGGAAGGAAGACCAGGGAUGACAGGAGUGGGCUAGUGAAUGUUACAGGCCCAGCUGCUGUGGCCCCACCUCAGUUUAGGGGCUGGAUAUAGGGAAGAGCUGGGACCCAUCAGGCAUUUGACACUUUCUGAUUUAGGUUCUUGAAGAUGACUUUUAUACAUAUACGGCAUAUAAAAGUGUGUGCCAAGCCCCAUACUUUUAUAUGCACACAUGUAUAAAACAAGUGCACGCUUUCCUGGGACUUGGGCACGUGAACAGAUGUAUGUGACUAAUCUGUGCUUUGGAGGGAUUUAGCAGGAGUUGUUGCCUGUGACUGCUGACAGUCAGGGCAGGUCAUUCGGCGGCUUCUCCCUCCCUCCUUCCCCCCUCCUCAGUUUGCGGUUCACCUCACUCCUAGCCCCAGAUCAGCCUAGUUUCUCUCGGUGUCCCAGUACACACUCACACACAGGUGCACACUCACACAAGUGCACACACACUCUUGUAUCUUUGUUGAGAGAAUUGGGCUUGCCAUGGCUCAAAGCUCUCCCAACAGCCCUGAGAGUGUCUUUUCCCCUCUUGCUCUGGGAGUCCAACAGGGACAGGAGUUUGAAGCCCAUUUAUUUAAAGACCCACCCAGUGGGAGCCUCUUGUGCUUUCCAUUUGGGCCCAAACUAGACUGCAUCCCAGUAGCCUUAUGUUUCACAGUUGCCUCUGCGUCCAGCACAAGUGGGAUUUGAAAAAAGAUCAUCCAAAGGGUUGUUUCAGAAGGUGUUUGGGGUUGUCGGGUUUGGGGCGAUUUUGCACACGAGUGUGUUAUUGUUGAGGAAUUCAUGAGGUAGGAGAAGGACCAUUAGCAAUAGACUGGCUUCCGGACAGUUUUUUAACCUUCUGUCUACAAUCCCUCCCUUCUCUGCCUCAGCUUUGGUCCUGUAGCUGAGUUGGUGGGUGGGGUGGAUGCAUGUUCCUCAUGGAGAGAGACUGAUUCUUUCCUUUAGCGUUGCCCAGGAUGUGAGCUUGAAUCACUACAAAGGUUGUAGGACCCCAAAGGGUGCCUCUUGUUACUUUAGCAAUUCAGCUUCAGGACCCCAGCUACCACCCCAUUUCCAUGGACUCCUCAGAAUGCCCCGCAGCCACCGGGGAUUGCUCUGACAAAGCACCUUGAUUCCCACUCUUGCCUGUAGACUCUUGAGCCUUCCCUAAACUAAGCAGAGGUUAAGGAUCAUAAUCAUAGGACUUGUUGCUCUUAAGGAUGGCUCCCUGGACUUCCAGAGUCAAUGGGCUCAGGGCUUUGGCUACAGGUCAGUCUCCACACUGGCUGAGGUGGGAAGGGCAGAAGAUUUCUCCCCAAAUUGGCAGUUCCCAGGAACAUGCCAGAGAGCUGUCUCGUCUGAUGAACCUGGUGACAAGGGAACUUGGCUUUGUCUAUUCUUGACUGGGCUGCACUCUUGAGGCACUUAGUGAUUGUGCCAGCUGUGGUAUAGGCAGACCUGUUGUAGGAAGCAGUUCCCCAGGACCAACCAGGCCCCAGCUCCCAAGAUAAGGGUGCCUUGACCCUCCACUCCAGCCUAGACAGUUUGCCUUGGGACCAAAGGAGCUUUAAAAACUGCAGGGUAGAGUAGACCAAGAGGGCAGGUGUAGAGGGCCUUGGCCCCUUGGUGUUUCCUCCUGUCCCUCUCCCCAGCCUUUUCCCAUGUAGUCAAGUCCUAGUCACAGGCUAAUCCUAAAUCAUGUUCUCCAACAUCAGUCUUCCCCUCCCCCCGGCGUUCUUUGCUUCUGCCUUUUGGCUCUGGACUGAAUCCUUCCCCAGAGGGGCCCUAGGCAGAGGCCAGAGGGUCAUCCUGCCCAUGCUUUGUGUGCCUCCUAUCUGUUGUCUUCCUAGCCUGACCUGAAGUAAGGGAUUGGAGGGGUCAUUGGGGCCUCAGGAGCUGGAGGAGGGACGUGGUGUGAAUGGCUGCAUGUUGCCCCUAGAAGGGACUCAUUCUGGACUUCAACCAGCAUUUGGUCUUGUGUUCCGAAAUGGGAAGCAUUUCCCCACCUCUGGGGCGGAGGGAUGGAUCCGUUUCUUUUCUGUCCCUUUUUUCUUUUUCAGUCUUCCGAGGUGCCCUUUCUAACUGCCCCUCUCCUCCGUGAGUGAUAGCCCAAAGCUUCCUCUCCAAGGUACCAUCUGGGUAGUCACAGUCUGGGCUUCUCUCUGCAUAAGGAGGGCAUGGAUGGCACUUAUUGCCCAACUCACUCUGGCUACCUCUCAGCUGCUGUAGAUCUGGGGCUACAGAAGCAGCCUCCGACCUUCCAUGUUGGGGCCCUUUGCUGAGAAGCUACACCCGACAGCCCAGAUGCUUCAUCUGGCCAGACUGUGACUCCUUGGUUCAACUCCCAGUAAACCCCUUCUCAAGAAUUGUGUGAGAACUGAGUUUUCUCCCAGGUGGCAGCGGCAGCCACCACCACACUAGAGCCUCCUUUCCCUCCUUGACCCCUCCUCCCACUAGUGACCAAAUCUCAGAGUUCCCACACCUGCUGUUGGCUGCUUUCCUUAGGGAUCUGACCCAGACUUCAGCUCCUUGGCACCUUAAGGGGAGGCUUACCCCUGGACAGGCCCUGUGCUGGGCCCAGAGAGCCCUGAAGCUGGUGGCUUUUGUUUCAGGGAUUCACUUCAGUGCGGCCUCUCCAUUGGGCCUACAGGCACAGCAUGAUCAUUCUGGAGUUGGUUCUCUGUGGGUCAGACUGGAGGGCAUUUUCUGUAGUGAGGGACCGAUUUAGAAUGGCUUGGUGUGGGGGCGGGACGCUUCCCCCAGUCUUGCCAAUGGCACAGCAGGGUACACAGGGUUUUGGGGGAAGAGCAACAGGGACAGCUUCCUGCCUGUGGGCCCUCCAGGCAGCCUGAGCCCAUGGGUGUUGGGAGCUACAUGCUAACAGCUGUCUUUUUCCUUUUCACAACAGACGGGGGAUGAUUUUGAUGUAUUUUUAACCACAUUAAAUAGUCUGUUGCCUUAA